UUUGACCCAACAUCAUCAACUUGGUCCAUUGUUGUAUCCAUGAAAGAAGGAAAAGCAUGGGUCGCAGCUGUUGAAAAUGAGGGAAAAAUAUAUGUUCUAGGUGGAUAUGCAAAUAAGCACUUGACAACAGUUGAACGAUAUGAUAUUUCAACGAACGUGUGGUCCACGGUAACUCCCAUGUUAACCAGACGUAGCUGGUUCAGUGCUGUAGUGAUUGACUCAAAUAUCUACGCAAUUGGAGGAAGGAACAGUUCACCAGGAAGCGGAAGCAUGGAAAAGUUUGAUUUCAAGAAGAAUCAAUGGGAGAUGAUUGACAUGAAGAACAUGAAUCUGAGGAUACUCGAUGCAGUGAAGAUGAAUUUGAAGUGAUUUGAUUGUAUAUGACAGAGAACAGUUCCUUGUGUUACCAUUCAAGGACAUGCUAGGAGAUUAUGUUUGUAUUCUUACUAUUAUGGAAUUGUAUGAUAGAUAUUCGACAUUUAAUAGG